AUGCGCAUGGAUUUACGGAGCUUGGGCGUAACCGUUGCCAUGACAAUGCUGCUGGUGUUACAGACAACACACCGGGUCAAUGGUGAACCCUUAAAUAAAGUCUGGACACUACAUGGAGGAACAGCCAAAGAUCUUGACCCGGAAGGUAUAACAUUUUUCCACGCCGGCUCUGACCCAAAACCGAGCGAAAAUGACGUCCAUACAUUCUCGAGAGUGUUACCUAACGACAUUCUACUGUCUAAGACCGUGGAGCGACUCGCGAAGACCAAACCCAGUCUCCGGAGCUCCUGGUCUCACUUUGGCGGUUUCUUUCCUCAAUCUGAAUCCCAGAACGACAUGGGGAUGGUUUUCAGCAAAAAGAGCGCAUUUAAAACAGAAACAUUACCUGUUUUCAUGGGCAACUCCGACACGACAAAAAAGAAACCAACCAAUCAUGUGGCAUCAUUUGCGCCAACCAAUACAAAUGACCUAGAUGCCCCAUCUCCCAGCGAUUUCAUUGGUGAGAAUACACUACAAACGAAGUUGGACACACCAAGCGCAGCUGAUAACCCGUUUCUUAUAUUUGAAACCGGAAAUGCACCUGUAGACCAAGGCUUUGGGCUGAAUACUUUAGCAACGGGGUCAGAAACAGGAGGUGAUCUGCCGUUUAGCAGUUUCGGGUCGAGAUUUAAUAGUGACUUUGAUUCUAGUACAAACACCGGAACUGACAACAACGCCGUCCUCUCCUCAUCGCCAGACAGCAAUGGCAUUACUUUUAUUGACAAUUCAGUUGGCUCCGAGAGUUCGAUAUUUGGAAGAGUAUCGUCUGGCAAUGUAAACUCUGAUCCAUUUGAUUCAUUCAUGGCUGGUAAUAAAAAUAGCGUUGACUUGAGUAGUAUGAGUGAUAACGCCAAGUCACGUGAGAGUACAAACACUUUUGACUUUGACACCAAUUUAAACAGUGCGCCUACAGAUUUCACUCAGUUAGGGAUUUCUGAUGUAAGUACUGGCCCUAUCUAUCCGAUGGAUACUCUAGGCGUUUCUCCAACAGAAAACAAAGUCCGCAUCAAACCAUUGCCUACCUUUUCGACAGACUUUGCCUUCAAGAAUUCAAUGAGACCAAAACUUACCAUGCAAGUAAUGAAUAACUUCGCUGCGAAAACAACAACGACACCAGCCCCACCUACAUCACAAAACAUCAAGAAACCAACAAUGAUGAUUACUGGGCAAUUCAAGGACCAGUCUAAAGGUCCAAGAUUUAUGGUCAAGUCAAAGUUUGUAGAUCUAAGUCACAUCAAGAAAGAGGAACCAACAACCACAACGAAAUCAACCCCUGCAGAAGUUGAACCUAAACCAACAGCGCUUACACCUACAGAAAUAACAAAACCAUCAACAAAUUCCAAGACUCCCCCGGUAACAACUACAAUCAAUGAAUCACCUUCCACGACACUGCAGGUAGACGCAACAAGUGACUUGUCGCAGGCAGCUAACAGCAAAAACCCAGGCAACAAAGGUCUGAAAGUCGACUUUCUGUACCCCCCGGCGCCAUUUCCUUCGAAACCCGAAACGAACUCUGACGACACCUCUUCUAGUAUAAACGCUGAACAGCCGGUAAAUGCUGACACUAAAGAUCUCAUCGCAAUCACUGGAGGAACGAAGACGGAAAGUGUCGCCUCAGACGUAGCCACACAUUUAGAUAUUCCCCAUGUUAGACAUACAAACCAUAUUCUUGGUCGCAACACUGACGAUAGAUUUGUUACCGAACCAGAUGUUCAGGUUCUCAACAAGGAAGAUGUAGAUAACUCCAACCCAGGCACUGGGGCUUUCCCCAACGUUGCCCCUACUGCAGAAGUUCCUGGGUUGUCUACGACAGAGUUUAUACCUUUAGACAGGAUAAAGACCAACACUGAAUUAAACGAGAAUCAACUGAUGAAUAUUGGGCAAACUGGAGGAUUUAAUCAAAACGGACCAACGGUUGACCAAGCACUUCCAACGAAUAAUCGAGGAAACCUGUGGAACAACCAACAAGCGUCACAAGCUUCGGGAAAUGCUCAGACAUUUGCUCAACAGAACCCCAAUUUUGGAAACAUGGGCACUAAUGGCAGCCCGCAGAAUAGCUUUGCAAAUCCAAAUAUCAACAAUAACCAACAAAAUGGUUUUACAAAUCCAAAUCUCAGACAAUUUCCCAAUAUACAACAACAGCAACAGCAGUUUUCCUUACAAAAUCAACAGAAUCUAGGCAUGCUUGUUCCCGGCUUUAAUCAGGGCCAAAUGCUCGGUCUUCCAAAUGAUGGACAGUUUAUGAACUUUGGGCCGAACCAGUUUGGGCAAAUGAGACCUGGGCCGAUGCAAGACAUGUUUGGGCCGGCGCGACCACCCGCUGGGAGACCAAUGAUGCCGUUUGCGGGUUAA